UUCUGGAUUUAAAACAGUCUUACCUGCAAAAAUCACUGGAAAGUUCUCAAUUAGAAUUGUUCCAAACAUGGAUCCUAAACGCGUUGAUGAACUGGUUGAAAAAUAUUUGAAAGAUGAAUUUGCUAAACUGGGUAGUAAAAAUACUCUUAAUGUGGAGUGUUUACAUAGUGCCAAAGCAUGGCUUGCAAACCCUAAUCAUUGGAAUUAUGUUGCUGCUUCUAAUGCUGUUGAAAGAGUUUUCAAAUGCAAGCCUGAUUUGACGCGUGAAGGUGGUUCUAUUCCUGUUACUUUGACAUUUCAAGAUGCUUUGAAUAAGAAUGUUUUAUUACUCCCAAUGGGUCGUGGUGAUGAC